AUGAUCAAACCCCUCGAAGCCGACAAGAACGAAAUCAAAUUCACGCCCAUGAAGUCCUUGGGUCACGAACUCGGCAUCCUCUUCGGCUUUCUCGUCGCCUGUCUCCUCACCAUGGCCAUCUACAUUUACUUCUGGGACGCCGCCGACCGCCGCGAAAAAGCCCGCGACGAGCUCCGCCGCGUGGAGGUUGAGAAACGCAACGCGCGGUUCCGGCGCCAAGGACUGUAUGAGAAGAUGACGGAUCGCGAGAUCUUGGGUCCGCGCAAUGUAGUGGAAUUGCCUGUGGACCAGGGUACGGGAGCGCAUAUGGGGAUCACGGGGAUGAGCGUGUUGGAUUGA